UUAUAUUAGUGCAGAACACUGUACCUUUAAUUUAAAUGCCCUUGGAGUCUGCUGGGGAAGAGAAAUAAUACUGUCAGUCAGUAUGACAUGCAGAUGAGUGCCGUCGAUCUUAGAAUCACCGCACACUUCACUCAUUUGGGCAGUCACGGGGCCAAAACCAGAGUGUGGAGCCACAGUGUGGCGGUGGAGGCAGCAGCAAUGGGAGGCCAUACAGCACCCUAUGACAAAAUGGAACCCACCAGCAGUGUGAGGAGACCUGAAAGUGGCACAUGGCAGAGUGUGGCGAUGGAGACAGCAGCAAUGGGAGGCCGUACAGGGACCCAUGACACACUCUGGACCUGGCAGCAGCAUGAGGAGGCGGUACAGGGGCCCAUGACAGAUUACGGGCCUGGCAGCAGCAUGAGGAGUCGGUACAGGGGCCCAUGGCAGAGGAUGGAUCUGGCAGCAGUAUAGAGAAGGAAGGCGGUACAGGGGCCCGU